AUCUCUUAGGUGAUGCUGCAGCCAAGAUGGCGCCGGCGGCGGCCGCGGCUACCUAAGCGGAAUGCUCCCGGUCCUUGGCGGCAGCGGUGGCGGAUGUGGCCUCGGCAGGGGGCUCAGGUCUGUCCUGGGCGUGAGUGCUCACGCGCCUCUCCUCCGGCCGGGUUAACCCAGACAAAGAGGAGACGGCCACGAAGAGAGCAGGCAGUGAGGAACGGAGAGAGAGCGCGGCGACCCCCGCUUCGGCACCAUGGCUGGGCUCAUCAAGAAACAGAUCCUGAAGCACCUCUCCAGCGAUCCCUGCUGGCUGUGGUGGAGAUUGGUGUGCUGUGAAUUUCAUAAUCACCCAAAUGAGUACCAGAGGAGUCUAAGAAACCCUGGCAACUGACUACUUGCUUUCACCACGAGUAGGGACCUUUUGUCUGAAUUUCCUGCCCUCAGGACAAGGUGAAUAAUUCAAGAAAUGCAUAUUUGCUGAUGAAGUUUUAAAACAAUGUCCCAGGGAGGGGCUGUUAUCUGAAUACAAAGAAUUGUGGAAGAAGAUAUCAGCUCAAAAGUCCCUAUUUCAAAGAAGAUCUGGAUUAAGAACCCCUGUAUUCACUCUUCACCAACUAAACUGAAUAUUUCAGAAAGGCAAAAACCUUGAGUAUACUGCUUGCCAGUGUAUGUGUCGGAAUAGUGAAUCCUCAAUUUACCAAAAAUUUAUCUCCUGACAAGAUAAAUCUAAGUACCCUUAAAGGAGAAGGUGAACUGAAGAAUUUGGAGUUGGAUGAAGAGGUGCUCCAGAAUAUGUUGGAUUUGCCAACAUGGCUUGCUAUCAACAAAGUUUUUUGUAAUAAAGCAUCUAUUAGGAUACCAUGGACAAAACUGAAAACACAUCCCAUCUGUUUGUCCUUGGAUAAAGUAAUAAUGGAAAUGAGUACAUGUGAAGAACCACGAACCCCAAAUGGCCCAUCACCAAUUGCAACUGCUUCAGGACAAAGUGAAUACGGCUUUGCUGAAAAAGUGGUUGAGGGAAUUACUGUUUCUGUAAAUUCCAUUGUCAUCCGCAUUGGAGCAAAAGCCUUCAAUGCAUCCUUUGAACUUUCCCAGCUACGGAUCUAUAGUGUAAAUGCGAACUGGGAACAUGGAGAUUUAAGAUUUGCUCGUAUUCAGGAUCCACAGAGAGGAGAGGUUUUGACCUUUAAGGAAAUAAAUUGGCAGAUGAUUCGAAUAGAGGCAGAUGCUACCCAAAGCUCACAUCUUGAAAUUAUGUGUGCUCCUGUUCGAUUAAUAACCAACCAAUCAAAAAUCAGAGUCACACUUAAAAGAAGAUUAAAGGAUUGCAAUGUCAUUGCAACAAAGUUAGUUCUAAUGCUGGAUGACUUAUUAUGGGUUUUAACGGAUUCCCAGUUGAAGGCUAUGGUACAAUAUGCAAAAUCUCUUAGUGAAGCAAUAGAAAAAUCAACAGACCAAAGGAAGAGUAUGGCUCCUGAACCUACACAGAGCUCUACAGUAGCCCCAUCUACCCAGCAAGUGAAGACACCACAGACUUCAAAUGCUCCUGAUCUAAAUGAUGCAAUUGUGAAACUAUUCAAUGACUUUGAUGUUAAAGAAACCUCCCAUCAUUUAGUGAUUUCUCAUCUAGAUCUACACAUAUGUGAUGAUAUUCAUGCUAAAGAAAAAGAGUCAAACAGACGUAUUACUGGAGGGGCUAUGCAACUGUCUUUUACACAGCUAACUAUAGAUUAUUAUCCUUAUCACAAAGCAGGAGAUAGUUGUAAUCAUUGGAUGUAUUUUAGUGAUGCAACGAAAAUAAAAAAUGGUUGGGCCAACGAGUUGUUACAUGAAUUUGAGUGCAACGUUGAAAUGCUUAAACAGGCUGUAAAGGAUCAUGAUGUAGGUUCACCUCCUAAAUCCCCAACACAUGCCUCUCCCCAGCACACACAAACAGAGAAAGACUCAACUCUGAAAGGGACUUCCAAAACGCCUACAGUGUUACCUCAACAAUCCAAAGUUAAGUUAAUGUCUAGUUCUGUUGUGGUUAGACUUGCAGAUUUCAAUAUAUACCAGGUCUCUACAGCAGAACAAUGUCGUUCUUCCCCCAAAAGUAUGAUUUCUUGCAAUAAAAAAUCCCUGUAUCUUCCACAAGAAAUGUCAGCUGUCUAUAUAGAAUUCACAGAAUAUUACUAUCCAGAUGGAAAGGAUUUUCCAAUUCCAUCUCCCAACCUUUAUAGCCAGCUGAAUGCACUACAGUUUACUGUGGAUGAAAGAAGUAUUCUAUGGUUAAAUCAGUUUCUGUUGGAUUUGAAACAGAGUCUUAAUCAGUUUAUGGCUGUGUACAAGUUGAAUGACAAUUCAAAAUCUGAUGAGCAUGUUGAUAUUCGAGUUGAUGGCUUAAUGCUAAAGUUUGUCAUUCCUUCUGAAAUGAAAUCUGAAUGUCAUCAAGAUCAACCACAUGCAAUUUCUAUUCAGAGUUCAGAAAUGAUUGCUACAAAUACAAGAUACUGUUCAAACUGUCGACAUUCUGAUUUAGAAGCUUUGUUUCAAGACUUCAAAGAUUGUGAUUUUUUCAGUAAAACAUAUACCAGUUUCCCCAAAUCUGGUGACAGUUUUAAUCUCCUGCAUCCAAUCUUCCAGAGACAUGCUCAUGAACAAGAUACCAAACUGCAUGAAGUUUAUAAAGGAAAUGUUACUCCUAAGUUGAAUAAAUACACUCUUAAAACUUCUGCUGCCACGGAUGUUUGGGCUGUGUACUUUUCUCAAUUUUGGAUAGAUUAUGAAGGGAUGAAAAGUGGAAAAGGACGACCAAUAAAUUUUGUAGAUUCUUUCCCUCUUUCCAUCUGGAUUUGUCAACCAAAAAGGUAUGCAUUGUCACAAAAAUUGCUGCAGACUUGUAAUCAAAUAUCUCUAAAUACCUCACAAAGUGAGUCUAGUGAUCUGACUGGCCGAUGGAAGCGGAAAAAGCUCUUGAAGGAGUAUUAUAGUACAGAGUCUGAUCCCUUGACAAAUGGUAGUCAGAAACCUUCAGAUACAUUUUUAAGAUUUUCCUCUUCAUCAUCAGAUGCAGAUAUUCAUGUCCUGGUUCACAUUCAUAAACAUGUCAGUAUGCAGAUCAAUCACUACCAGUAUCUGCUCCUGCUUUUCCUCCAUGAGUCACUUAUUUUGCUUUCAGAGAAUUUAAGGAAAGAUGUAGAAGCUGUGACUGGCAAUCCAGCUAGUCAGACAUCCAUUUGCAUUGGAAUUUUACUUAAAAGUGCGGAAGUGGCUCUUUUGCUUCAUCCAGUAGAUAAAGCAAAUAGUCUUAAGUCUCCUGUUUCUGAAAGUGUGAGUCCAGUGGUUCCUGAUUAUUUGCCUACAGAAAGUGGAGAAUUUUUGUCUUCAAAAAGAAAACAAGUUAAUAGUGGUAUAAAACAAAUUAGAAGUGUAACUGUUAAUCAUAUGUCAGACAACAGAUCUAUGAGUAUUGACCUUAGCCAUGUCCCUUUGAAGGAUUCUUUGCUUUUUAAAUCAGCUAGUGAUACAAAUCUGCAGAAAGGUAUUUCUUUUGUGGAUUAUUUAUCAGAUAAAAAUUUAGGGAAAAUAAGCGAAGAUGAAAGUAGUGGAAUUGUUUGCAAAAGUGGCUCAGGAGAAAUUGGAUCAGAAACAAGUGGCAAAAAGGAUUCGUCUUAUACAGAUUCAAAUAGUGUCUUAAACUACAGAGAAGACUCAAGUAUCCUGUCAGUUGAUAAUGGUGGUAAUCAGAACAUGCUUUCAAAUAGUUUAACUAGUAAAGGAAAUGAAACCAUAGAGUCAAUCUUUAAAGCUGAAGAUUUGCUUCCAGAAACAGUUUCACUCUCUGAGAACAUGGAAAUCAGUAAAGAAGAAGCACCCACAGUCAGAACACUUACAUCACAGUCAUCUUUAAGUAGAAAGCCUAAGGAACGUUGCCCACCCAACAUGGCUCCACUCUCUGUUUCUUACAAGAACAUGAGAAGAAGCCCCUCACAAACCUCACUGGACACCAUUUCACUUGACAGCAUGAUAUUGGAAGAACAGUUGUUAGAAAGUGAUGGAAGUGAUAGUCAUAUAUUUUUGGAAAAAGGUAUUAAAAAGAACUCAACUACAAAUUACCAGAGCCCAGCAGAUCGGGCAAAUGCCAGUGAAAACCUACAGAAUUACGGUGAAACCUCUCCAGAUGCCAUCAGUACAAAUUCAGAGGGUGCUCAAGAAAAUCAUGACGACCUGAUGUCAGUUGUGGUGUUUAAAAUUAUUGGUGUUAAUGGAGAAAUUGACAUCCGAGGGGAAGAUAUGGAAAUCUGUCUUCAAGUAGACCAAGUGACACCAGAUCAGUUAGGCAAUAUCAGUCUACGGCAUUACCUUUGUAAUCGUCCAGUAGGUUCAGAUCAUAAAGCUGUAAUUCAUUCUAAAUCCUCUCCUGAGAUUACUCUGAGAUUUGAAAGUGGGCCUGGUGCUGUAAUACACUCUUUGCUUGCAGAAAAGAAUGGCUUUCUGCAGUGCCAUAUAGAAAACUUUAGCACUGAGUUUCUUAUAUCUUCUCUUAUGAAUAUUCAACAUUUUUUGGAAGAUGAAACUGUUGCAACAGUGAUGCCAAUGAAGAUACAAGUUUCUAACACAAAAAUAAAUUUAAAAGAUGACAGUCCUCGUAGUAAUACAGUAUCCUUUGAACCAGCUCCUGUAACUGUUCAUAUUGAUCAUCUUGUGGUAGAGAGAAAUGAUGAUGGCUCUUUUCAUAUCAGAGAUUCUCAGAUGCUUAACACUAGAAAUGAUUUGAAAGAAGAUGUCGAAAGUGAUUCAGUGCUGCUUACCAGUGGAAAGUGUGAUCUGAAAAAACAACACAGUGUCACUCAAGCCACUCAGACGAGCCCAGAGGUUCCUUGGCCUUCUCAGUCAGUCAACUUUCCUGAGUGCUCCUUUGACUUUACUAGGGAACAGCUCAUGGAAGAGAAUGAAUCUCUUAAACAGGAAUUGGCUAAAGCUAAAACAGCUCUUGCAGAAGCUCACUUGGAAAAAGAUGCUCUUCUCCAUCAUAUAAAGAAGAUGACAGUUGAAUAGCAGGAGUGGCAGUCAGAAACUCAAAUUAUAGCUCUGGAGUAUGGUGGUUAUAUUUAUAAUGUGAUGUUUCCAGUUAGUGGAAGACUUUCCUUUUCAUGAAAAGACAAUAAAAUGAAAUAGAAUGUGAUGAAGUGGUGACUAUUCCAAAGCCAGUUUAGAAAAUACUAGGUACGGGCAUUACAAUCUUUUGGUUGUUUUGUGUUUUGGGGUUUAAACCCUCUUUUAAACUGGUGUGAUAUAAGGAAGUCAAUGCAUACUGUAAAAUAAUUACCUGCCUAAUGAAUAGAAGAUGUCAUUUCCUAAUUUUGAUAUUACAUUAUAGGCAUUUUUUAAAAAGAAAAGUUAAAAUCUAUGUGUUCCCACUAUUUAUCACUAUUUGUUAAUAAUUUACUAUUAUUUACAAAGAUUCAGAUGCUUUUAGGGCUAAUGUAAAAUAAAAGGAGGCUUACAUUUUAAAUGUUAUUAAAAUUAUGUACUUAAAUCUAUAUUUAAUUACUGUAAAAAAAAGUCCAAUCAAAUUAAUAAAUAUCUAAUGGCUCGGUUUGAAAAUUCUAGAAAAUCAUCACCCUACUGCACUUAUGAAGUAACUUGAAAAUGUGAAAAAGAAUCAUUUUAAGUGAUGGGUAAACUGUGUAAGUUGAAGCUAUAAUUUUCAACAAAGAAGAUGGCACAAAUGUUAAAAUAAAAAGCAUAAACUGUAAAAAAGCAAGACAUUAGAGUAUAUGGCCAACUGAUUUAAAAAGCAUUAUUUGUACAUUCCUUUAAACAUUUAUUGUUAGAAGUAAAAGAGUAAUUUAACUAUCCUACUAAAUUUAGCAUUUGUAACUGUAAGAAUUUUAACUAAUACUAUUUAUAUUAGUUCUUUACCUUCAUCUUUCCUUUAUUUAAGGAAGGGAAUGUUUUCAGAGAAUUUUCUUUUCACAUACAUAAAACAAUUUCAUACCAUUCCUGUAGUAUCACAACAGGUGGAUGUUUGCACAUGUCAAAUUUAUAAUGCUAGUUUUGAUUAAAGUUCUGUAUGACUUAUAUAUUAUCUUCUAUAAUAAGAAAAACUGGUAAAUUUUGAAUUCUAUUUUCUAGGGAUUGUUAAGUUUGAAAGCAACAUGAGAGAGAAUCUCAAUCAUGCAUUAUGAAAUAAAAGUUUAUGAGUAUUUAAGAAACAGAGGCUUUUAACAAUUUGAAAUAUAUUUCUUAUAGAAUUAAACUAAGUGGGGUCUAUUUUAAAAUUCACAUUCUUAAACAUAAAUAUAUCCAAGAUAGAACAUGAACUAGCUGGACUGCUCUUUCUUUAAGAUACUUGAAAUUUUUCAACCACGUUCGGACACUUUAUGGUGCUUUGCUUGUUUGGUAUGACUUAAAUAGCCAUCCCUCUAUCUAAGUACUUGGAAGGAAAUACAUCUUUCAUUUUACAUUAAGUGUUGGAGUGAUUUUAGAUUUUAUUGAAAAUGGUACUGGCUUUUUUUUUUUUUUCUAUAAUGUCCAUUUUAACUAACAUUAUUUAAAAUACAGGCCCUGUUUUGGGAGCUAAGGAUACAGCAAAGAACAAGUUAAAUUGUUAUUAUUUUACCUCAGAGUGUUUUAAAAAUCCUGAUAAACCAUUUUAAUCUAAGACUAUUAUAUAGUUUUAGAUUAAAAGCAAAGGUCUAAUUAAAUAUUUUAAAUGUAUAGCUUAUAUCCUUAGUAGAGUACUUUUGAUCUGUAGGUAUAUAGUCAACAAAAGCAGUCUCUAUUAUAGAAAACCUGGAUUGAUGGGACAUUAACUUCUUCAGAGCUUGCAGUGUUUCUCAGACUUGAGCUAUUUGCUCUAUAUGAAUUUUAAAUUUAUGAUAUAUUAUAAUUAUUUAGUGUUAUAGAUGCUGAAUGUUUUUCUUAUUUUCAAUUUAUUUGGCUUUCUCAAGAAAAUCAUGUAAACAGUAGAGAUGGUAAUUAAUGUGGAUCUGAACAUUCUGUAUGCUUUGUUAGAUUUUUUAAAAUUUAUAGUGAUUACUAUUUUUAUAGAGAUUUAAAAUUAAUAAAACACUUCCAAAACCAUUAUGUAAUUCCCACAGCAAACCUGGGAGGUAGGUAUUAUUAACAUUUUAAAAGUUAAAUAGAAACCUUAAGGCUCAGAAAGAACAAGUGACUUGACGGAAAUCACAAUAACCUGCUCUUUUUACUUACAUCCCAAUUAUAUGCUUUUAUUUUAUCUUAUUCCUUAUUUCACAGAUUUUUUCCUGAUGUGGGGAAAGGAAUCACUUGUUGGUCUUUUAUCUGUUUUUCUUUUAAACAUAAAUAAUAAUACUUUUAAAGUGUG